ACAGAGUGUUCAAUAUACGCUGUCGUUUCUGAUUCCCUUAAGAACAGAGAACAACAAAUCUUUUUUUAUUUCGUCUUCAAGUCCAAUUACUUUCUUCCACUUUCUCGAUCUUCAGAUUUAUUUGCAAGGCAGAACUCACGAUGUCCGCCGCAUCAGCCAGCCAAAUUCCAAAGGGACAGGUUGAUCUGCUAGAUUUCAUUGACUGGUCCGGUGUUGAAUGCCUCAACCAAAGCUCAAGUCACUCCUUGCCCAAUGCUCUCAAGCAGGGGUAUAGAGAAGAUGAAGGCUUAAACUUAGAGAGCGAUGCUGAUGAGCAACUUCUGAUAUAUAUUCCAUUUAACCAAGUUAUCAAACUACAUUCCUUUGCUAUCAAAGGCCCUGAAGAGGAUGGCCCUAAAACCGUGAAGUUUUUCUCAAACAAAGAGCACAUGUGCUUCAGCAAUGUCAAUGAUUUUCCUCCAAGUGACACCGCUGAACUAACUGAAGAAAACCUCAAGGGGAAACCGGUGGUCCUUAAAUAUGUGAAGUUUCAGAAUGUUCGUAGCUUGACGAUCUUCAUCGAAGACAACCAAUCGGGUUCUGAGCUCACAAAGGUUCAGAAGAUUGCUCUCUACGGCUCAACGGUGGAGACUACUGAUAUGAAGGGGUUGAAAAAGAUUGAAGAUCACUGAGCAAACAAAAGGGUUUGAUCAUAUCACUUUGAUUUCUAGUGUUCAAUUGUGUUCUCUCUUUUUUUCACUUGUCCUUAAAAGUUUUUAAAUUAAAAUAGACCUGUACUUGCGAUUGCCUAAUUGCAGUAGUGCAAAACAAAUGACAUUCAAAAAA